CAGAGACAUCGAUCUCUCUUCACGAGAACCUAAAUCCUCAAUCGGAUCCGUCUCACAUACGAAAGGCCGAGUUCACACCAACCCCAUCUUCACUAGUCUCUAUACUUCCCCACGGGUACUGUCUGUCUUCCGUCGCAGCCAAGCCACAACCGCCCCCAGUCCGGCCGUCCGUCACAUGAAAAUCCGACUCACCCGCACACGCACAUGAUAAUCUCCUUUCCCCACGAAACUCAGGACAACAAACAACAAAUCGCAUAUAACUCUCCUACACCAAUCUCAGACAUCAGACAUUUGAAACCUAUACCACAGCUGAAACAAGAAGGGAAAAGGGGGGGGAAAGAAAGAAAGAAACUAAACCCCUUUGAACCCUAAGGAACGCAUAACCCCCCACCCCACCACUAUGCCAUCUGUACGCCCACCUGCCUCCCUGGCAUCCAGCUCCUCCGAAACCUCCUACUCCCCCUUACCGAACAGCAGCGGCGCAACGGUACCUCACGAUGAACCCGAGGACCGGUCGCCUUCCACCACCCCAACCGGCACCUCUGCAUCCAAACCCAGCGCUGCUGGCGCACAGGAGAAGGAGAAACCGCGACUGACGGAACAAGAGAAAAAGAACAAUCACAUCGCCUCGGAGCAGAAGCGCCGCGCCGCGAUUCGGGAAGGGUUCGAUCGUUUGACGGAGCUGGUCCCUGGCCUGGAGGGGCAGGGGCGCAGUGAGAGUAUCGUGCUUCGGAAGACGGUGGAUUUCAUCCAGCUACAGCUCCAGGAGCGACAGGAGUUGGUGGCGGAGAUUGAACGCCGGGGCGGGCAUAUUGACGAUGCCUUUCGGGUUUGACUGAGGUGGUCGACUGACUGUAUAUGAGCGAU